AUGGCGUCAUUCUAUGCUUAUGACCUUCCUGACGAACUUGUCGCUAAUCUCGAGGUAUACAAUUUUUCAGGGGAGGUUGGGUCACAUGUCACAUCCAGCCCAGAACAUGACUUGACGCCGUCUUCAAAUCCACCAUCCCAGGCCAGCAUUACAAUUGAGAAUGGAAAGUUCAACUGUAGCAGUUGUGGUACGAUAACCGCAGAGCUACCUUCUGAUGCCCGCGAUCAUUAUCGAAAAGAUUUCCACAAACUGAAUAUCAAACGAAAGAUUGAGAACCUGCCACCUUUAACAGAGGACGAAUUUGAAAAGCAGAUCGGGGAACUCAACGACAGUUUAUCAGGAUCAGACGAAUACUCGUCUUCUGAUGAUGACGAACUUGAGAAAGUAGAGAAACUGUUAAAAGGUUCACACGUCUCUUCUAAUGAUGAGUAUGGGGAUGAUGCCAGUUCUCAGAACAAACCUGGAUCCCCAUUUGCAUUUUUCACUCUAAGGGAGACGAUAUCCGAAGAUGUUGUUGAUGGGAAGCACAAGCCCAAAUUAACACAUGAAAGUGUUCUUGCGGUGUACAAGACGCUAUUGGAUUCAAGUUUGGAAGACAAUUCAUAUCAAGCCUUGAGCAACCUUAAGAAUUCGAACAGUGCUCAUAGUAUUAUAAUGAUGAUUGGUGGUGGUCAUUUUGCAGCAGCUGUAAUCUCACAUCAAAAAUCUAAAAAGCGUGGGCUUCCGCCUAAUUCUUUGCUCGGGAUCGAGGUAAUUUCCCAAAAGUCUUUUCACAGGUACACAACUAGAAGAAAACAAGGUGGAUCACAAAGUGCGAGUGACAAUGCAAGAGGGAAAGCGAAGUCUGCAGGUUCUAGUCUCCGAAGAUACAAUGAACAGGCUCUUGAGCAGGAAAUUCAUGAAUUACUUGAUUCAUGGAAGUCUUACAUAGAUUCCUCUGAGAAUAUUUAUGUCAGAGCCAGUGGUAGAUCCAAUCGUGGUAUUUUGAUGAAUUAUCCUAAGGCGCCAAUUAGUUCUACUGAUAAGCGGAUCAAAAGCCUACCUUUCACCACUGGAAGAGCCACUGUAACCGAGGUGAAACGUUCGUGGUUGGAACUCACAACAAUCAAGCUUUUCGAUAAAUCCAAGCUGGUAGAUAAGAAUGCUUCAAAGAAGAAAGUUGUGACUAAGGAAGAUAUCAGAAGGCAAUUAGAAAAGUCUCGUGCCACUCCUAGUCCUCGUUCAUCGUCACCUGCUCCAGUAAUUGCAUUAACACCAGAAGAAAAGCAUACAGUGGAAUUGGUAUCAUUAAUAAAGAAAUCAAGGUCACCAAGGUUAGCAGCAUACCUAAAAUCCAAUAAUAUUACUUCUGAUUUCAAACUGCAACCUUCUUCUCAAUAUUCUCUGUAUCCAACACUCUUACACUAUGCCGCUUCUCAGGGUUCACAUCAUAUUGUUUCUACCCUACUGACAUCGCUUAGUGCCGACCCAACAGUAAAGAAUAAAUUAGGGCGCACAGCUUAUGAAGUUGCUCACCAUAACAAUGAUAGGGUGACGACGGAUGCGUUCCAGCUAGCGCGGUCUGCCCUAGGGGAGGAUAAAUGGGACUGGGCAAGAGCUAAGGUGGGACCUGCUCUCACUAAAAGCGAUAUAUCUGCUAGAAACGAUCAGGAGAAAGCCGCUGCUGAACAAAAGGUCCGCGAAGACCUCGCCAAAAUUGAAUCCAGGGAAGCAGAUAAGAAACUUGAAAGAACAGUCCUUCGACAUGGUGCUGGUAUCAAGCUAUCUAGCAAUGUAGCUACGUCUCUGGGUCAAGAGGCAUCUCUUCGGGGUCUUAGUGACGAAGCUCGAAUGAAGCUCGAAAGAGAACGCCGGGCCAGAGCCGCUGAAGCUAGAUUUAAAAAAUAA